UUUAUCGUCUUCCUCUGUCUCUCUCUCACAACACAUAACGUUCAAAUCCUCUCUCUCUCUAUCUCGUCUCUUAUCUCUAGAUCUAAAAAUCUCUUCUUUCCUCAAUCUCUGUUAUGAAAACGAUGAAGUCACCAGCGAAGAUCGGAGAGAGUCGGUUCUUAGGAAACAUUUCGACUUCUUCUAUUCGAAAUCUGCUUCCCAGAUCCAUCUACGCUAAGCAGAAAUCGAUUCAAAAUGCAGAUACUAAAAAGAGUUUCAGAUCCAACGACGAGAACUCUCCUCCUUGUGACCCAAACAUACAAACAAAUCAUCAUCUCAACAACGACGACGAUCUUCACUUGAAGAAAAAGUCGCCUCAGAAAGUGUUUCCAUCUGCGACUCAACAGAUUCUCCCUAAAGAAUCUACUCAGUUUGAAGCGAAGAGUGUACUCGUCACAAGAGCUAACUCAAUGGCUAAUGAGAUUACAGAGGAAGAUGAUUCAUUGGGUCACCAGAUUCGUGACCUAAAGGAGGAACUAAUAAGAACCAAGUCUGAUGGGUACAAACCUGAUGGAAGCAAGAAUGGUUACUUUGUGAGGGAGAGUUUGAGUCAAUUGAGAAACAGCAUCAACAAGUCUUUAGUCAUGUCGUGUGAAAACAGACAAGGUUCAGAAAAGGAAACAAUGUAUGAGGAGGAGUAUGAUGAUGAUGUAGUGGAACUGAGUAAACACAUUAACAAGUUUCACACUAACUGUGAUUCUGAUGAUUUGAGGGAUUCUAUUCAAUCCUCCUUUGCAAGUGCUUCAGGCUGUGAAGCAGAUUCAAUGAGUGGAGACGAGAUUUGCUCUGUUGAUAAACACAAGGAUCACAAAGAUUGUGCCUUGGCUGAUUCUGGUCCAAGCGCAGUGGGAAAUGGGAUUUCUAUCAGUUUACCACAUCAAUCACGUAUUCUUGAAGAGCCUCCUUUGUCAGAAUCUCCAAAGAUUAGGAAUUUUAGGAAGAGCGUGGCUGCGUCGACAAAGUUUCAGGCAAGUCCUAGGAAUGUAACCGAGAGCUCCUCCACUGGAAACAGAAAGCCUUUAAGUCCUACAGAUUCUCUAGCUGCAAGUCUCCAGAGAGGACUAAAUAUUAUAGACUGUCACCAACGGAGCUCACUGUCAAACAGAUCUUCUGUUUCCUUCUCGUUUGGGCAUCUCUCUCUGAAGCCUUGCGAUGAAGCCGAUGAUAAUCUUAGUGCUUCGGUUAAAUUGUUACAGAAAGAUAGACCAAAAGAAGGUGGAUCAUCGAUUCUCCUCUGUCUUUCUUGCAGACAGAAACUUGACCAAGAAGCUCAAGGAGGAUAUAAGGCAAUAGAAGAAGCUUGCGUGGACGAGAAGCAUCUCAAGAACAUGUGUGUCGAGCAGGCUACCAAAAUUGAGCAGCUUACUUAUCAGUUAGACGAAUACAAAAAGAACGCUUUGCAGGAGUCAAGUAAGCUAAUGAAGUCUGAUGAUGGAGAAGAUGAGACAGAGGUCGUGAAGGAAACAUAUGAAACAAACCAACGUAGUGAAGAGUUUGGGAAAGUAAGGAUUGAUCUCAGUGAAAAGGAAGCUCUUCUAAAGGAGAUUGCAGAGCUCAAAAGCAAGCUUCAGCCUACAAAAUCAACGGAUAAUGUUAGAUCUUCGUUGCUGUUACGGUCUUUCCAAAUGAGGAAGAGCAUUGAUUUUACCAAGAACACUGAGAACAACAGCGAGGCGCUAGAAGAAGAACGUGAGAGGUGGACAGAAAUGGAGAGUGAAUGGAUAUCUUUAACAGAUGAUCUAAGGAUGGAUAUUGAUAGCCAUCGUAGACACGCAGAGGAUCUAGAGAUAGAGCUCAAGAAGGAGAAAAUGGCUACAGAGGAGUUAAAUGAUGCUCUAAGUAGAGCUAUGCUUGGUCACAGUAGAUUCAUCGAGCAGUACACAGAACUGCAGGAGAAGUACGAUGAAUUAGAUGAGAGGCAUAGCGUGACUAUGGCAGGAAUAGUUGAUGUGAAGAAAGCAGCGGCUAAAGCUGCUUUGAAAGGUCGCCACGGGAAGCGUUUUGCAAAAGCUUUCUCAGCUGAACUUACUGCUAUUAGAGCUGAGAAGGAGAAAGAAAGAGAAUUCUUGAAAAAGGAGAACAAGGGCCUUAAAAUUCAGCUGCGAGAUACUGUUGAAGCUGUUCAAGCUGCUGGAGAAUUACUUGUCAGACUCCGUGAAGCUGAGCAAGCAGUUCAAUCCUCUGAGGAACGUUUCGGCAUAAUGGAAGAAGAGAAUGACAAGUUGAAACAGCAAAUGGAGAAGUUAAAGAGUAAGCACAAAACAGAAAUGAGCACAAUGAAGCAAUAUCUAGCAGAAAGCAAAUUACCAGGGUCUGCAUUAGAGGCAUGGUUCAAGGAGAAUGAGCAAGAAGAGGAAGAAGAGCAUGUAUCAUCAUCAGAACACAGAACCGGUGUUGUGAGCUAUGACAACUAUACAGACGAUCAAGCAUGGAGAUCUGAGUUUGGAGCCAUAUAUCAAGACCAUGACCAUCACUACUGAUUCAUGUUACAAAUUUAUCAUUUCAUUUCAAGAACAAAAAAACUUCUUGGGCAAUUUCUGCAAUUUCUUGCCCAUCUUGGGCAGGCCUGUUCUUACAUUUUAUUAAAAAAUCUAUAUAUAUAAGUUUCUGCAAUUUCUUCAUAACAUAUAG